ACUCAGACUUGAUCCACAGCAGAAUCCACGAUCGUGAAAGAAACACGGAGCCAUGUCCGCGGAGGGAGGAGAAGAGGACGAGGUCCAGUUCCUGAGGACCGACGAUGAGGUGGUGCUACAGUGCUCGGCAACGAUCCAUAAGGAGCAACAGAAACUGUGUUUGGCUGCCGAAGGCUUCGGAAACAGACUCUGCUUCCUCGAGUCCAUCUCCAACUCCAAGAAUGUGCCUCCAGAUCUUUCCAUCUGCACCUUCGUCCUGGAGCAGUCGCUGUCGGUGCGAGCGCUUCAGGAGAUGCUGGCCAACACUGAGGAGAAGGCUGACGGGCAUGUAGAUGUGGAGAUCUGGACGGCUCAGGGUGGCGGUCAUCGUACCUUGCUGUAUGGACACGCUGUCCUGCUGAGACACUCAUACAGUGGAAUGUACCUCUGCUGUCUGUCCACCUCCCGCUCGUCCACAGACAAACUGGCUUUUGAUGUUGGACUGCAGGAGGACACCACAGGCGAGGCGUGCUGGUGGACCAUCCAUCCAGCAUCAAAGCAGCGUUCAGAGGGAGAGAAGGUCAGAGUGGGAGAUGAUCUCAUCCUGGUCAGUGUCUCCUCUGAAAGAUACCUGCAUCUCUCCUACGGCAACAGCAGCCUCCACGUGGACGCAGCGUUCCAGCAGACGCUGUGGAGCGUCGCCCCCAUCUGUUCUGGAAGUGAAGUCGCACAAGGUUUCCUCAUAGGUGGCGACGUCCUGCGUCUCCUUCAUGGCCACAUGGACGAGUGUUUGACCGUUCCAUCUGGAGAACAUGGAGACGAGCAGAGGAGGACGGUUCACUAUGAGGGCGGAGCCGUUUCUAGCCACGCCCGCUCCCUGUGGCGGCUGGAGACACUGCGGGUCGUGUGGAGCGGGAGCCACAUCCGCUGGGGUCAACCGUUCAGACUGAGACACGUGACCACGGGGAAGUACCUGAGUCUCAUCGAGGACAAGUCUCUGCUGCUGAUGGACAAGGAGAAAGCCGACGUCAAGUCCACGGCCUUCUGCUUCAGGUCGUCCAAGGAAAAGUUGGACCCCGGCGUGAAGAAGGAGGUGGACGGCAUGGGCGUCCCCGACAUCAAAUACGGCGACUCGGUGUGUUACGUCCAGCACGUGGACACGUGUCUGUGGCUCACGUACCAGACGGUCGACGCCAAGUGUGCUCGCAUGGGCGGAGUCCAGAGGAAGGCGAUCAUGCAUCACGAGGGUCACAUGGACGACGGGCUGACGCUGUCGCGCUCGCAGCACGAGGAGAGUCGCACGGCCAGAGUCAUUCGCAGCACGGUGUUUCUGUUCAACCUCUUCAUCAGGGGUCUGGACACGCUGAGGAAAAAGGGGCGGGGCUCCACCUUAGAUCUGCCAAUCGACUCGGUCAGCCUGAGUCUGCAGGACCUGAUCGGCUACUUCCAACCACCCGGAGAUCACCUGGAACACGAGGACAAGCAGAACCGACUGAGAGCGCUGAAGAACCGACAGAACCUGUUUCAGGAGGAGGGCAUGAUCAGCCUGGUGCUGGAGUGCAUCGACCGCCUCCACGUCUACAGCAGCGCCGCUCACUUCGCCGAGGUCGUGGGACGAGAAGCAGGAGAAGCCUGGAGCUCCAUCCUCAACUCCCUCUAUCAGCUGCUGGCUGCACUGAUCAGAGGAAACAGGAAGAACUGUGCUCAGUUCUCGGGGUCUCUGGACUGGCUCAUCAGCAGACUGGAGCGGCUGGAGGCUUCUUCUGGGAUCCUGGAGGUUCUUCACUGUGUGCUAGUGGAAAGUCCUGAAGCGCUGAACAUCAUCAAAGAAGGACACAUCAAGUCCAUCAUCUCUCUGCUGGACAAACACGGACGCAACCACAAGGUCCUGGAUGUGUUGUGUUCUCUGUGUGUGUGUCACGGUGUCGCCGUUCGAUCGAACCAGAACUUAAUCUGUGACAAUCUGCUGCCAGGACGAGACCUGCUGCUGCAGACCCGGCUCGUCAGCCACGUCAGCAGCAUGCGUCCAAACAUCUUCCUGGGCGUCAGUGAAGGCUCCGCCCAGUACAGGAAGUGGUACUAUGAAAUGAUCGUGGACCAGGCGCUGCCCUUUGUCACAGCGGAGUCCACUCACCUGAGAGUGGGCUGGGCCAACACCAGCGGCUACGCUCCCUACCCCAGCGGCGGGGAGGGGUGGGGUGGCAAUGGCGUUGGCGACGACCUUUACUCGUACGGCUUUGACGGACUUCACCUGUGGUCAGGCUGCAUCGCUCGGACCGUCAGCUCGCCGAAUCAUCACGUGUUGCGGUCAGAGGACGUGGUUAGCUGCUGCCUGGACCUCAGCGUGCCCAGCAUCUCCUUCAGGAUCAACGGACAGCCGGUCCAGGGCAUGUUUGAGAACUUCAACUCUGAAGGCCUCUUCUUCCCCGUGGUCAGCUUCUCUGCCGGAGUCAAGGUGCGUUUCCUCCUUGGCGGUCGUCAUGGCGAGUUCAAGUUCCUCCCUCCCCCGGGUUACGCGCCUUGCUACGAGGCAGUGUUGCCCAGGGACAAGCUGAAGCUGGAGGCGAGUCAGGAUCAGACGGCAGCCAGAGAGCUGCUGGGACCCACGGUCACCCUGAGCCAGGCAGCGUUCACACCCACACCUGUGGACACCAGCCAGAUCGUGUUGCCUCCUCACCUGGAGAGGAUCAGGGAGAAACUGGCAGAAAACAUCCAUGAACUGUGGGUGAUGAACAAGAUAGAACUGGGCUGGACUUAUGGUGCCGUGCGAGACGAUAACAAGCGGCAGCACCCGUGUCUGGUCGAGUUCUCCAAGCUUCCUGAGCAGGAACGGAGCUACAACCUGCAGAUGUCGCUGGAGACUCUCAAGACUCUCCUGGCUCUGGGUUGCCAUGUCGGCCUCGCAGACGAACACGCGGUGGAGAAAGUCAGGAGGAUGAAACUGUCGCCGACCUACGAGUUGUCCAGCGGUUACAAACCUGCUCCUCUGGACCUGGGUCACAUCAAACUGACCUCCACCCAGGAGGCCAUGGUGGACAAACUGGCUGAGAACGCACACAACGUGUGGGCGAGAGACCGCAUCCAUCAGGGCUGGACCUACGGCAUCCAGCAGGACGUAAAGAAUCGCAGGAACCCCCGUCUGGUUCCGUAUAUUCUGCUGGACGAGAGGACCAAGAAGUCCAACAAGGAUAGUCUCCGUGAGGCCGUCAGGACUCUGCUGGGAUACGGUUACAACCUUGAAGCUCCUGACCAGGACCAUGCAGCUCAGGCUGACCUGAACAACAUCUCCGCCGAGAGGUUCCGCAUCUUCAGAGCAGAGAAAACCUACUGUGUUAACGCAGGGAAGUGGUAUUUUGAGCUGGAGGUCUUGACGGCGGGAGAGAUGAGGGUGGGCUGGGCCAGUCCAGGCUGCCUCCCAGACCAGGAGCUGGGGUCUGAUGACCAGGCCUUCGUCUUUGAUGGAUUCAAGGUCCAGCGAUGGCACCAGGGUAACGAGCACUUUGGGCGGGCGUGGCAGACGGGCGACGUGGUCGGGUGCAUGGUGGAUCUGAACGAGCACACCAUGAUGUUCACGCUGAACGGAGAAGUGCUGCUGGACGACUCGGGCUCUGAACUCGCCUUCAAGGACUUUGAAGCUGGUGAAGGGUUCAUCCCGGUGUGCAGUCUGGGCGUGGGUCAGGUGGGGAGGAUGAACUUUGGGAAAGACGUCAGCACGCUGAAGUACUUCACCAUCUGCGGCCUGCAGGAAGGCUAUGAGCCAUUCGCCGUCAACAUGAACCGCGACGUGACCAUGUGGCUCAGCAAGAGGCUUCCUCAGUUUGUGCCGGUUCCUCCGAAUCACCAGCACAUUGAGGUGGUGAGGAUCGAUGGCACGGUGGAGCUGUGUCCAUGCCUUAAGGUCACGCAGAGGUCGUUUGGCUCUCAGAACAGUCACACGGACAUCACCUUCUACAGACUAAGCAUGCCCAUCGAGUGUUCCGAGUCCUUCUCCAGGUCCAGGCCUAACAGUGGCCUCUUCUCACCAAAGAGGGAGCUGGAGGACUUUGAGACCGUCUCAGACUUCGAGGUCCUGAUGAAGUCACCUCAUGGUCCCAGUGGACCCAACGGACCCGAUAGGGACGAGUUCAACAACCAUAAGGAUUACAACCAGGAGAAGCCGUCCAAACUGAAGCAACGGUUCACACUGAAGAGAAACAAACCGGACAACAGCUGUCCGACGUCCGCACGGCUGUCGGAGGAAGUGAUGGCCGACGACAGAGACGACUACGACUUCCUGUUUCAAGCCUCCACGGUGAAGUCUCACUAUUACUACUCCGUGCGGAUCUUUCCGGGUCAGGAGCCGAGCAGCGUCUGGGUCGGCUGGGUCACCUCCGACUUCCAUCAGUACGACACGGGGUUCGAGCUGCACAAGGUCCGCACAGUCACCGUGACCCUGGGAGACGAGAAGGGAAAAGUUCAUGAGAGUAUUAAGCGCAGUAACUGUUACAUGGUGUGGGCCGGAGAGAGCAGCAGUCCCGGUCAGGGGAGGAACAACAACGGCUUAGAGAUCGGAUGUUUGGUGGACACGACAAACGGACUUCUGACGUUCACGGCGAACGGCAAAGAACUCAGCUCAUAUUAUCAGGUGGAGCCCAGCACUAAACUGUUUCCCGCCGUCUUCGCCAAAGCCACGAGCCCCAAUGUCUUCCAGUUUGAACUGGGGCGAAUGAAGAAUGUGAUGCCUCUGUCAGCCGGUCUGUUCAAGAGCGAGAGGAAGAACUCCGUCCCUCAGUGUCCUCCACGUCUCCACGUCCAGUUCCUCACACCGGUUUUAUGGAGUCGAGUUCCCAACCACUUCCUCAAGGUGUCGGCGUCCAGAGUGAACGACAGACACGGCUGGUUGGUGGAGUGUAAACGACCUCUGCAGUUCAUGUCCCUGCACAUACCUGAGGAGAACAGGUCGAUGGACAUCCUGGAAUUGUCCGAACGCAGAGACUUAUUAAAGUUCCACUACCACACCCUCAGGCUGUACUCUGCCAUCUGUGCGCUGGGAAACAACCGCGUGGCUCACGCUCUGUGUUCACAUGUGGACGAAGCACAGCUGCUGCAGGCCAUCGAGAAUAAGUACAUGCCAGGUUUGCUCCGCGCCGGUUACUACGACACCCUGAUCGACAUCCACCUGAGCAGCUACGCCACGGCGCGCCUCAUGAUGAACAACGAGUACAUUGUGCCCAUGACGGACGAAACCAAGAGCAUCACGCUGUUCCCCGACGACGAGAAGAAGCACGGGCUGCCCGGCAUCGGCCUCAGCACCUCGCUGCGACCCAGAAUGCACUUCUCGUCGCCGAGCUUCGUCUGCGGGGCCGGCUCGUUGUAUCGUAACCACAACAACGGCGGCUCAGGCGACUGCUUCCAGUACAGCCCCGAGUUUCCCUUAGAGAUCCUGAAGGUCAAGACCAUCGAGAUGCUGACGGAGGCGGUGCGCGAGGGAAGCAUGCACGUGCGGGAUCCCAUAGGGGGCAGCACCGAGUUCCUGUUCGUGCCGCUCAUCAAGCUCUUCUACACCAUGCUCAUCAUGGGCGUUUUCCAGAACGGAGACCUGAAGAACAUCCUGCAGCUCAUCGAGCCGUUCGUCUUCUCCGAGAGGCGGGACGGCGGUCACGUGACGCAGAAGGAGGCGGAGAGUGAGGGAGGCGUGGACGGGGGGAGGAGCCUGCCCAAAGAAGGAUUGUUACAGAUGAAGCUGCCGGAGCCUGUGAAGCUUCAGAUGUGUCACGUGCUGCAGUACCUGUGCGACUGUCAGGUGCGUCACCGCAUCGAGGCGGUCGUCGCCUUCUCCGAUGACUUUGUGGCGAGUCUCCAGGAGAACCAGCGCUUCCGCUACAACGAGGUGAUGCUGGCGCUCAACAUGUCGGCGGCGCUGACCGCCAAGAAGACCAAAGAGUUCAGGUCGCCGCCACAGGAGCAGAUCAACAUGCUGCUGAACUUCAAGGAGGAGAAGCAGGAGUGUCCCUGUGCCGAGGACAUCCGAGAACAGCUGCUGGACUUCCACGAGGACCUGAUGAGACACUGUGGUAUAGAGUUGGACGAGGACAGAGGGUUGGACAGUGACAGUGACUUCACCAUACGUGGUCGUCUCCUGUCGCUGGUGGAGAAGGUGUCCUACCUGAAGAAGAAGAUGGCCAACCUGUCCAACGAGAAGAAAGACCGGAAACCCAGUACGCUGCAGCAGCUCAUUUCAGACACGAUGGUCCGCUGGGCUCAGGAGUCGGUUAUCGAGGACCCAGAACUGGUCCGAGCCAUGUUUGUCCUGCUGCACCGUCAGUAUGACGGCAUUGGUGGACUGGUCCGGGCUCUUCCCAAGACCUACACCAUAAAUUCAGUUUCCAUCGAGGACACCAUCCACCUGCUGGCAGCUCUGGGUCAGAUCAGAUCUCUGCUGAGUGUGCGCAUGGGAAGAGAGGAGGAGAAGCUAAUGAUCCGAGGGCUGGGAGACAUCAUGAACAACAAAGUCUUCUACCAGCAUCCGAACCUGAUGAGAGCUUUGGGGAUGCACGAGACCGUCAUGGAGGUCAUGGUCAACGUGCUCAGCGGAGGAGACUCAAAGGAAAUAACGUUCCCUAAAAUGGUGGCCAACUGUUGUCGCUUUCUCUGUUACUUCUGCCGAAUCAGCCGUCAGAACCAGAAGGCCAUGUUUGACCAUCUCAGCUACCUGCUGGAGAACAGCAGCGUCGGCCUUGCUUCUCCAUCCAUGCGAGGUUCUACUCCUCUGGAUGUGGCGGCAGCAUCAGUCAUGGACAACAAUGAGUUGGCUCUGGCUCUGAGAGAACCCGACCUGGAGAAGGUGGUUCAGUACCUGGCCGGCUGUGGUCUGCAGAGCUGUGUGAUGCUGGUACGUAAAGGAUACCCUGACAUCGGCUGGAAUCCUGUGGAGGGCGAACGCUACCUGGACUUCCUGCGAUUUGCCGUCUUUUGCAACGGUGAAAGCGUGGAGGAGAACGCCAACGUCGUGGUGAGGCUUCUGAUUCGUCGGCCAGAAUGUUUCGGACCCGCGCUUCGUGGCGAAGGCGGCGACGGGUUGCUCGCGGCAAUGAAGGAAGCUAUUAAGAUUUCGGAGGAUUCGACCAGGGACGGUCCUUCACCAACGUCUGAGAGCAGCAAAACACUCAGUGACAUGGAGGAAGAGGAGGACGACACCAUCCACAUGGGAAAUGCCAUCAUGACCUUCUACGCUGCUCUCAUUGACCUGUUGGGGCGCUGUGCUCCAGAGAUGCACCUGAUCCACGCAGGUAAAGGUGAAGCGAUCCGUAUCCGAGCCAUCCUCCGGUCCCUCAUCCCCAUUGAAGACCUGGUGGGAGUCAUCAGUAUUCCAUUCUCCAUGCCCAGUCUGGCUAAAGAUGGGAUGGUGGUGGAGCCCGACAUGUCCGCCGGGUUUUGUCCGGACCAUAAAGCAGCCAUGGUUCUGUUCCUGGACCGGGUCUAUGGUAUCGAAGACCAGAAUUUCCUGCUCCACUUGCUGGAAGUGGGAUUCUUACCAGACCUGAGAGCUGCAGCCUCACUGGACACCGUGGCUCUCAGUGCCACAGACAUGGCCCUGGCCCUCAACAGGUACCUGUGCACGGCCGUGCUGCCUCUUCUCACCAAGUGUGCGCCGCUGUUUGCCGGCACGGAGCCGUUCGCCUCGCUGAUUGAUUCCCUCCUGCACACGGUUUACCGUCUGUCCAAGGGCUGCUGCCUCACCAAGGCCCAGAGGGACGCCAUCGAGGAGUGCCUGCUGGCCGUGUGUGGGAAGCUGAGACCCUCCAUGAUGCAGCAUCUGCUGAGGAGGCUGGUGUUCGACGUUCCUCUGCUCAAUGAACACACAAAGAUGCCUCUGAAGCUGCUGACCAAUCACUACGAGCGCUGUUGGAAGUAUUACUGCCUGGUCGGAGGUUGGGGAAACUUUGGAGCUGCGUCAGAUGAAGAACUUCAUCUCUCCAGGAAACUGUUCUGGGGGAUUUUUGACGCUCUGUCGCACAAGCGUUACGACCAGGAGCUGUUUAAGCUGGCGUUGCCGUGUCUCAGCGCUGUGGCGGGCGCUCUGCCUCCGGACUACAUGGAGUCCAACUACAUGGCCAUGAUGGAGAAACAGUCGUCCAUGGACUCGGAGGGAAACUUCACUCCUCAGCCGGCCGACACCACCAACGUGACCGUACCUGAGAAGCUGGACUACAUCAUCAGCAGAUACGCCGAGCACAACCACGAGAAGUGGUGCAUCGAAAAGUUUUCCAGCGGCUGGUCGCACGGUGAGCAGCUGUGUGACAUCAGCAAAUGUCACCCUCUACUGAAGCCGUACAAAGGCCUGAGCGAGAAGGAUAAGGAGUCGUACUGCUGGUCGGUCAGAGAGUCUCUUAAGACCAUGCUGUCGUGGGGCUGGAGCAUCGACAGGAUCAGAGACGGAGACCCGGCUAGUCUCCACAACAAGUCCAGACGCAUAUCACAGGCCAGCCAGUUGUCUUUUGAGGGAAAUCCCGCCUUUAGCCCACGACCAAUCGAUAUGAGCAACGUCACGCUGUCCAGAGACAUGCAGGUAAAAGGUCACGGACGUCAGGAUCAUCAGACACGUCUCUGUCUCUUUCUUACACACGGGUGUUUUUUGUUUCAGUCGAUGGCCGAACUGCUCGCAGAGAAUUAUCAUAACAUCUGGGCCAGGAAGAAGAAAACAGAGCUGGAAGCCAAAGGUGGAGGAAAUCACCCGCUCCUGGUUCCGUACGACACGCUGACGGCCAAAGAGAAAUCCAAAGACCGAGAAAAGGCACAAGACAUCCUCAAGUUCCUGCAGAUCAACGGUUACACCGUGUCCAGAGGAGUGAAAUCCCAGGAGCUGGACACUCCGGCUAUCGAGAAGAGAUUCGCCUACACGUUCCUGCAGCAGCUCAUCACAUAUGUGGACCAGGCUCAUCAGCACAUGAUGGAGUUUGACGCAGGACCGAGACUGAAGGGAGAAAAUGUUCCUCACGAGCAGCAGAUCAAGUUCUUUGGGAAGGUGGUUUUGCCGCUGGUGGAUCAAUACUUUAAAAACCACCGCCUGUACUUCCUGUCCACGGCAAUUCACCCUAUCAGCAGCGGCGGCCAUGCCUCUAACAAGGAGAAGGAGAUGGUGACAAGUCUUUUCUGCAAACUGGGAGUUCUUGUCAGACAUAGGAUUUCCUUGUUUGGUAACAACGCCACGUCUAUCGUCAACUGUCUGCAGAUACUGGGACAAAGUCUGGACGCCAGGACGGUGAUGAAGACCGGCCUGGAGUCGGUGAAGGUGGCGCUGCGCUCGUUCUUUGACAGCGCGGCAGAGGAUCUGGAGAAGACACAGGAGAACCUGAAGCUCGGCCAGUUCACUCACAGCCGAGAGCAGCCGAGAGGCGUCACCCAGAUCAUCAACUACACCACGUUCGCCCUCCUGCCUGUCCUGUCCUCGCUGUUCGAACACAUCGGGCAGAACAUGUUCGGAGAAGACCUCAUACUGGAUGAUGUCCAGGUGUCCUGCUACAGAAUCCUCAACAGUCUUUACUUACUGGGAACCAACAAAAGCAUCUACGUAGAAAGACAGCGGCCGGCGUUAGGAAAGUGUCUCGCCGCCUUCUCUGCGGCGUUCCCCGUCGCCUUUCUGGAGCCUCACAUGAACAAGUUCAACAGCUUCUCCAUCUACAACAGCAAAGGAACCAAAGACAGAGGCUCUCUCGGUCUUCCGGGACACGUCGGAGAAGUCUGUGCUGUGAUUCCAAACCUGGACAAGUCCCUGGAGGAGAUCAUGGAGCUGGCAGAGUCUGGUUUGAGAUACACUCAGAUGCCUCAUGUCAUGGAGGUGGUGCUGCCCAUGUUGUGCAGCUACAUGUCUCACUGGUGGGAACACGGACCCGAGAACCACGUGGACACAUGCGACAGCUGCUGCACCGCGGUGACGUCCGAGCACAUGAACUCUCUGCUGGGGAACAUCCUCAAGAUCAUCUACAAUAACCUUGGCAUCGACGAGGGAGCAUGGAUGAAAAGACUCGCCGUUUUCUCUCAGCCAAUCAUCAGCAAGGCCAACGCUCAGCUGCUCAAGACUCAUUUCCUGCCUCUGAUGGAGAAACUGAAAAAAAAAGCCGCGGUCGUGUUGAUGGACGAGGAGCACAGCAAAGCCGAGGGGAGGGGCGAGAUGUCGGAGACGGAGCUUCUCAUCAUGGACCAGUUCACCGUCCUGGUCAGAGACCUGUACGCCUUCUACCCGCUCCUCAUCCGCUUUGUUGACUACAACAGGGCUCGGUGGCUGAAAGAGUCCAACCCCGGGGCUGAGGAACUGUUCCGCAUGGUGGCCGAGGUUUUCAUCUUCUGGGCCAAGUCUCACAACUUCAAGAGGGAGGAGCAAAACUUUGUGGUCCAGAAUGAGAUCAACAACAUGUCUUUCCUCAUCACCGACACCAAGUGUAAGAUGUCAAAGGGAAUCGUUUCCGACCAGGAGCGGAAGAAGAUGAAGAGGAAGGGGGAUCGGUACUCGAUGCAGACGAGUCUGAUCGUGGCAACUCUGAAGCGCCUCCUGCCUGUCGGACUCAACAUGUGCGCGCCCGGAGAACAGGAGCUCAUCACGCUGGCCAAGAACCGCUUCACUCAGAAAGACACGGAGGACGAAGUCCGUGACAUCAUCAGGAACAAUCUGCAUUUACACGGAAAGCUAGAAGACCCUGCGAUCCGUUGGCAGAUGGCUCUGUACAGAGACUUUCCUAAUCACUGUGACGCCGCCGCAGACCCAGAGAAGACUGUGGAGCGAGUCCUGGACAUCGCUCACGUCCUCUUCCACCUCGACCAGGUGGAACACCCUCAGCGCAGUAAAAAAGCAGUGUGGCACAAACUCCUGUCCAAACAGAGGAAGCGAGCAGUGGUGGCCUGCUUCAGGAUGGCGCCGCUCUAUAACCUGCCCAGGCACCGAGCUGUGAACCUGUUCAUUCAGGGCUAUGACAAGUCCUGGAUCGAGGCAGAGGAGCACUACUUUGAAGAUAAACUCAUCGAAGACCUGGCUAAACCCGGUGAACAGGAGCCGCCUGAGGACGAGGAGGGCGUGAAGCACAUCGAUCCACUGCAUCAGCUCAUCCAGCUGUUCAGCAGAACAGCGCUCACGGAGAAGUGUAAACUGGAUGAAGAUAUUCUGUACAUGGCUUACGCCGACAUCAUGGCGAAGAGCUGCCACGAUGAAGAAGAUGAAGAUGGAGAAGUGAAGAGUUUUGAGGAGAAGGAGAUGGAGAAGCAGAAGCUGUUGUAUCAACAGGCUCGGCUUCACGACCGCGGCGCCGCUGAGAUGGUUCUCCAGACCAUCAGCGCCAGCAAGGGUGAGAUGGGUCCCAUGGUGGCGUCCACACUGAAGCUGGGCAUCGCAAUCCUCAAUGGCGGAAACUCGACCGUACAGCAGAAAAUGUUGGAUUAUCUGAAAAACAAGAAGGACGUAGGAUUUUUUCAGAGCCUGGCUGGUCUCAUGCAGUCAUGCAGUGUCCUGGAUCUAAAUGCCUUUGAGAGACAGAACAAAGCUGAAGGACUGGGGAUGGUGACAGAGGAGGGAUCAGUCAUCAGUCAUGAGCGUGGUGAGAAGGUCAUGCAGGAUGAUGAGUUCACCUGUGACCUUUUCCGCUUCCUGCAGCUGCUCUGUGAAGGACACAACUCAGACUUCCAGAACUACUUAAGGACACAAACGGGAAACAACAUGACCGUGAACAUCAUCAUCUCUACUGUCGACUAUCUCCUCAGAGUACAGGAGUCCAUCAGUGAUUUCUACUGGUAUUACUCUGGGAAGGACGUUAUUGACGAGCAGGGACAGAGGAAUUUCUCUAAGGCCAUAAAUGUGGCCAAGCAGGUUUUCAACACUCUCACUGAGUACAUCCAGGGUCCGUGCACGGGUAACCAGCAGAGUUUGGCUCACAGUCGUCUGUGGGACGCCGUGGUUGGUUUUCUCCACGUCUUCGCUCAUAUGCAGAUGAAACUGUCUCAGGUGAGUUCAGAUCAGUGUGUCAGUUUUUAUUCCCUAAACAUUCACAGUUUUAGUGUAAGUGAAGUAAAAGUGUCUCACCUGUCUUCACCUCAGGACUCCAGUCAGAUCGAUUUGUUGAAGGAGCUGAUGGAUCUGCAGAAAGACAUGGUGGUCAUGCUGUUGUCCAUGCUGGAAGGUAACGUGGUGAACGGGACGAUUGGGAAGCAGAUGGUGGACAUGUUGGUGGAGUCGUCCAACAAUGUGGAGAUGAUCCUCAAGUUCUUCGACAUGUUCCUUAAGCUUAAAGAUCUGACCUCCUCUGAUGCCUUCAAGGAGUACGAUCCUGAUGGGAAAGGUGUCAUCUCAAAGAGGGACUUCCACAAAGCCAUGGAGAGCCACAAACACUACACCCAGUCAGAGACCGAGUUCCUGCUCUCCUGUGCUGAGACCGAUGAGAAUGAAUUAGUGGACUAUGAAGAAUUUGUGGAGCGCUUUCAUGAACCCGCUAAGGAUAUUGGCUUUAACGUGGCGGUUCUGCUGACCAACCUGUCGGAGCACAUGCCUCAUGACACUCGUCUGCAGACGUUCUUGGAGCUGGCAGAGAGUGUCCUCAACUACUUCCAACCCUACCUGGGCCGGAUUGAGAUCAUGGGCAGCGCCAAACGCAUUGAGCGGGUUUACUUUGAGAUCAGUGAGUCCAGUAGGACGCAGUGGGAGAAACCUCAGGUCAAAGAAUCCAAGCGUCAGUUCAUCUUUGACGUGGUGAAUGAGGGAGGGGAGAAGGAGAAGAUGGAGCUGUUUGUGAACUUCUGCGAGGACACCAUCUUUGAAAUGCAGCUGGCCGCGCAGAUGUCCGACGCAGGCGAGCGCUCGGCGGUGAAAGAGGAGAGCGAGCGGGAGAAACUGGACGAGGAGAAUCCUGACCUGGGCUUUUUCUCUGUCACCACUGUGUGCAUGGCUCUGUUAGCUCUGCGCUACAACGUCAUGAUGCUGAUAAAGGUGCUGUCCAUGAAGAGCCUGAAGAAGCAGAUGAAGAAGAUAAAGAAUAUGACGGUGAAGGACAUGGUUACCACACUGGUGUCCGUAUACUGGUCUGUGUUACUGGGAUUCCUCCAUGUGGCCUUCAGCGUGGCCCGAGGAUUCUGCCGAAUCUUCUACAACACCUUCAUGGGCGGAAAUCUGGUAGAGGGCGCCAAGACCAUCAAGGUGUCAGAGCUGCUCGCCAACAUGCCUGACCCCACCCAGGACGAGGUGCGAGGGGAAGGGGAGGACAGGGAGAAGAGACCGUCUGACCGCAGCUCGGCGAAAGAGGACCUGGCCGAUCUGGCCGUCAACACCAGCGAGACGGAUCUACUGUCGGACAUCUUUGGCCUGGACUUAAGAAGAGAGGGAGGCCAGUACAAGAUCACACCCCACAACCCCAACGCUAGUCUGACCGAACUGCUCAACUCCCCCGUUACCUCGCCAACUACACCCACAGCGCCGCCACCUGAGCUCAGACACAGGCAUCAGUCAAAAGGAUCUUCCUCCGAGGAGAAGGAAUCGGUACCAGAGCCCGAAUGUGACCCCGAGAAAACAUCAGCGGCGGAACACGAGGAGGAACCAGAGAAACAACCAAAGAGCGAGAAAGUGAAGCCAAAAGUGAGGAGACUUCACAAGUCAAAGUCUGACGAGCCAGAUCUGCAGGAGUCUGCGUUCUUCAAGAAGAUCAUUGCCUACCAGAGGAAACUGCUGAACUACUUUGCCAGGAACUUCUACAACAUGAGGAUGUUGGCCCUGUUUGUUGCGUUUGCAAUCAACUUCAUCCUCUUAUUCUAUAAGGUGUCCACGUCCUCCUCUGUGGUUGAGGACAGAGACACAGCGUUCACCGGCAGCCAGCCCGGCAGCAGUGUUCAGUGGAGUCCACUGGGAGGAGCAGAUGUGGUGGAGGCGAAGAAGGAGGUGGUGGAGGAGACGGGGGAGACGCACAAACCCGUGACUGUCAGGUUUGUCCUGGAGGAGAGCAGCGGGUACAUGGAGCCCAUGUUACGAAUCCUGGCCAUCCUGCACACGGUCAUCUCCUUCUUCUGUAUCAUCGGAUACUACUGUCUGAAGGUGCCUCUGGUGAUCUUUAAGCGGGAGAAGGAAGUGGCCAGGAAGCUGGAGUUUGACGGUCUUUACAUCACAGAACAACCGUCUGAGGACGACAUCAAAGGACAGUGGGACAGACUGGUCAUCAACACACAAUCUUUCCCAAACAACUACUGGGACAAGUUUGUGAAGAGGAAGGUCAUGGACAAAUAUGGCGAGUUCUACGGACACGACCGCAUCAGCGAGCUGCUGGGGAUGGACAAGGCCGCGCUGGACUUCAGUGACGCUCACAAGAAGAGAAAACCCAGGAGAGACAGCUCACUGGCUGCUGUUUUGAACUCCAUCGACGUCAAAUACCAGAUCUGGAAACUGGGCGUCGUCUUCACAGAUAAUUCCUUCCUGUAUCUAGCCUGGUACAUGACCAUGUCCAUCCUCGGCCACUACAACAACUUCUUCUUUGCUGCUCAUCUGCUCGACAUCGCCAUGGGCUUCAAGACGCUCAGAACCAUCCUGUCGUCCGUCACGCACAACGGCAAACAGCUGGUGUUGACCGUCGGCCUGUUAGCCGUGGUCGUUUACCUCUACACGGUCGUGGCCUUCAACUUCUUCAGGAAGUUCUACAACAAGAGCGAAGACGGAGAACUGCCCGACAUGAAGUGUGACGACAUGCUGACGUGCUACAUGUUCCACAUGUACGUCGGCGUCAGAGCUGGCGGAGGCAUCGGCGACCAGAUCGAAGACCCGGCGGGCGACGAGUAUGAGAUCUACCGCAUCAUCUUUGACAUCACCUUCUUCUUCUUUGUCAUCGUCAUCCUGCUGGCCAUCAUCCAGGGCUUGAUCAUCGAUGCGUUUGGAGAACUGAGAGAUCAACAGGAACAAGUGAAAGAGGACAUGGAGACCAAAUGUUUCAUCUGUGGAAUCGGGAACGAUUACUUCGACACGGUCCCACACGGCUUUGAGACGCACACGCUACAGGAGCACAAUUUAGCUAAUUACCUAUUCUUUGUGAUGUAUCUCAUCAACAAAGAUGAAACAGAGCACACAGGACAGGAGUCUUACGUAUGGAAGAUGUACCAGGAACGUUGCUGGGAAUUCUUCCCCGCCGGCGACUGUUUCCGGAAACAGUACGAGGAUCAGCUCAACUGAUCUGUCGUUGGUGGAGCAGCAGAUUUCUGAGUCACUCCGCCUUCCUGCUGCUUCCCACUCAAACAUUUCCUCAUAAAACUCCCUGUUCUACCAAACAACAGGUUCAACAGCCUUCAUCCCAGCUCGUCUUCAUCCAGACCGUCCAGCCUCUGUCCCCCAACACGUCCAGCACACUUUGUUCGGAAUGCUUCUAAGACGUUGUACAGAGAAAAAUCGCAGAUAGUAUUCUGUACAAUAGAUUCUGACUUCUUUGCUUUAUCUUCUUUCACAGUAUCAAGCAAAAUAAAAACAAAAAACGGACAAAGGAGGAGAGCGGAUUCACGACGAAGCAAGGACACUUCCCUGAAGGACACACAGGGACGUUAGGCGGAGGACAUUUUAGGACUUUUAAUGUGUAAAAUGCACGUUUGCAUGUGGGUUCAGGCAGCGGAUGCGUGGACGGCUCUGCGACAAAUCUGACCCUGAAGAGAACAUGAAGGUCGUGGACUGAGACGAAGACGCGACGUCUUGAUUCAACGGUUCUGCGACAUAAUAAUCAAACCGGAAACGCAGCCUCAAGAGUUGAAUCGAUGCACACUCACAAUCUGAGCUCCACGAUUGUUUGUUAGCAACACAUUUUAGUUGCCAACGAGCUGAGAGUGACCUGAAAUCCUUCGUUAUCUGUUGUUUUUAAAGAUCAAAUGAAUAAAGGAUUAAAUCUCCCCCUGAAACAAAGUGGUUUAAUCCACGAUUAACGUCCUAGCAAAGUCCAGUUCCAUCGUAGCGUAGCACGCUAAUAUCGUGGGUGGGACUUUUUAUCUUUCACAAAUGCUACGUAACUAGGGCUAACUCGGUACGUUUGUCAGUCACAUGACAAAAACACACAAAAAACAAAAAAAGCAAUACCAAAGCAGCAAAAAAACCCGGAAUAUUUGUGCGCGAUCGUUAGCUUAGCAUCGAAGGAGGACGACAGAUGAACGGGUGAAAGAUGAAGGAAAACGGGUGGAGGAGGAAACAGUGCCUUAAUAAGACAAGAAUGAGCUAUGCAUGACGUCGGAGGAGCCGGAGCCAGGAACGCUAGCUAUAGCUUCAGUUGAACAUAACACUCGAGGAAAAUGACGUUAUUCUAUUGAUCGCGGCUUUUCCACCCCAUGGCAGAGGGAAAAUGGCCGCCGUCUGAAUGUAGUGAGCGGUGAAAUAAUAAAGUAUAAAUAUUACUACUGUUACGUUUGUUAAAUCGAGUGCGAUGCGAUCGGUAGGUUCGGUAAACACACACACACACAUAUUCAGUCGUAGCUAAAUCAAAGUCAAUGUGAUCCAACAGUCGUGUAAUAAUAAUAAACAACAUACAUAAUAACGUAAUAAACCUUUUUUUUGCGUCGUAUAUUUAGCACGACUGGACAAGCCAGAUCGUAAACAACCCGGCUACUCCACUCUUGCGGCUAGUGUUAAUGCUAGCUGUGUUCGAUUGCAUGAAUCAAGGAGUCAAGACGUCUUUCAGAAGUGAAUAGCAAUUUUUAUGCCCCGCCCUCUAUCCGCACAUACGGCAAAGGUAAAUUUGUCCGACAUCAGGGCGCUGGAAGAUUCUCCCGACCCAUAUUUAGUCCAGACUUUGCCAUUUUCACAAACGUAACAUUUUCACUCAUGUAUUCCAAACGACGCAAAAUGUAUGUUGAAAUAAUCGCAUCUUAAUUUAAUUUGUCCGACAUUUUUGACACAACAUUGGACGCUGGAAGAUUGCGCCAGAUGCUGUCUGGUGACUGAAGCUAAUGACAAGAACUUCUAUCUUUGCGGGAUCACCGAUGCGAUGCAUAAUAAGUUCGUUAACCAGUGUUCGUCGUUUUACGAUGCUUACAUGGCGCCAUUUUUAUGAUGAACUUUGUCCCAGUUAGCUUGGUGCGAGGACGCAGCAGUUAAGAGUCGACGCUGAGGAUCGGAAACCUCAUCGUCUGCUUCAGAAUGCAAGUUUUCUGUUAGCUCGUUAACUGUCAGAACAUCAAACCACGCAGGCACGAGAGAACUAAGAUUAAAGACGAAAGUUUUUUUCCCCUUAAUUAAAGGUCCAAUAUGAAAAAAAAAGUUAGGACCCACGCCUUUGAGCUAGCAUGUCAAGACCCAAACAAAAAAUAUUGUGACUGUUAAUGCAGGUAAGCAAUUGUGCCAUUUUUACGUGUUCAUCAUUUUAAAAUAACGUCCAGUUCAUGCAAAAGAAGGGCUAGCUAUGACACCGGCUCGCAGAGCUCUUUAUUGCAGAAAUCCAGAGAGCCGCCUUGAGCUGGAUUCUUCGUACGACUUCCAGCCGUCUUGUUUUUACUUGUGACAAGUUUAAAUCAAAGUGGUAAACGAUACCCCCUUUUGAACUUACCAUCUUUAUUUUUUUUCCCCGACAAAAAAAUCCUCAAAAAUAUUGCGUAUUGGACCUUUAAAGAAAGCUCGGACUGGGUACGAUCCAAGUCGGGAUUAAUGCACAAAUGAACAAAUGUUGAUAAUACGGAGAAAAAAAACAACUAAAUAAUUUAAUCUAUUUAAAGAAUAAUUAUUACUGGACGCUAGUUUACGUAGUUUUUUUUUCUUGUUUUAACAAAGUUUUUUCUCAGUUACAGGAAGUGUGUGUGUGUGUGCGUGCGUGCGUGUGGGAGUGAGUGAGUGUGUGUGUGUGUUUGUUCAGAUGUUUUCUGUUCAAUAAUCUGAUGCAAUAGUUUCUCUUUUUUGUAUGAAAACUUAUAUAAAAAAAGAUGCCACUGCAUGUUUAUUUACGCGGGUUUAAUGAAAUUAAAUUAAAAUAUAAUAAACAAAUAAAAUAAAAUCUAAAAUCAACACAACUUCACACAUUCACUGUUUACGGCGCGACCGUUUUCAUAUGAAUUCAGAUUUCCGCGAUGUUGUGUUUUUCGCUGUUGUUGGGAAAACUUUGUGGCUCCUCAGAUUAAUUUUGCUGCAUCCCAUAAUAAUAAUCAUUUAAAAAAAGGGUACAAUAUUUUGUUUUAAAAUCAACAAAAACAAAACAUUGAAAAUAAAAUGUAUUUAUUUCAUUAAAUACUUAAAAUAUAGAACAUUUUGAACUUUAACGUUAAGGAAUUACAUUUGAGUUUGUUCGUCACUUAAUCUUAAAGGUGCAGUUUGCGUACUUCAUAUCUAAUUUCUACGUUUAUUGUAUUUUAACGUUUUUGAGUCUUAAAAUUUGAGUUAAGGGAAUGAGGUGCGAAAUCUGACAUAACCAGCAAUGGUGAUGACUCUCCUGAGGCUAAAGCUAAAGCUAAUUGUGUUCAUGAGUUCACAUAUUUCAACAACUGCACCAUUGCGUUAACUUUGUGUAAAACCGUGUGUUUUGUCAGUUAAACAAAUUCAGUGAAAAUAUGUUUUCACGUAAAUUUGUUUUGAGCUAAAUGCACCUUUAACGUUAGGUGAGAACAUACGUAACGACACCAGACGUUAGCGUGUGUCACUAAUGUAAAUAGCAUUGCCUCAUUACGAUGCCGAUGUCAUGCCGAUGUUUUUUUUAACAUUGCGAUAAUGGAAACGUCACUGCGUUGUUUUCUGCUCAUGUACAAAUAAAUAAAAUCAAUAUUUUCCAUAUUUACCACGUGGGGGGAGGGGCAUGUUCUGUUAGUCACGCAGUCAGUCGAUGCUACUUCUGAGAUGAGAAUGUAAAAAAAAGCAGGGGGCGGAGUCUGUGAGAAAUGAAUGGAUUUGCAUGAUUUUGAAAUAAAAACUUUAUUAAAUUG